AUUUAAAAUUACGUUGUCGAAAUUUAGAUCGCUUGGCAUGAUCCAAAAUUUUAUGAACCAAGAACCAAUUAACAGCAAGAUUGUUUAUUGGAAAUUUACUAAAUUCAUAAUUACGAACGAACUUGUACAAUCCGCCUUGAGCCGUACAAUCAAAAAUAAAAAGUUCCUCUUGCUUGCUUUUGCUCUUCAACUCCGACACCGUUCACCAACAACAAUCUGACGAACAACCAUGUCAUCCACCACCUCUUCCUCGAGGGAAACGAAGUACAAACUCCCAGACUACUCCGAACUCACACUCCAAGAGCUAUUAACAGCCUGUCAACAGCGCCGCCUAGGCAACGUCGGACACAAGCACGAACUCAUCCGACGCCUGGUCAACGACGACCUUGACGCUAUGCAACGACACCUACUCAACAAGGAGUGGAAUCCGACUUGCCCGCCGUUUUUGGCGGAGGCGGCGGAGAUUCGGGAGGCCUAUAGGAAUGGUGCAUAUCAAUUCUAUGUCACCAAGGUGGAGUAUUUGCGAGAGAGGAUGAGGGAGAAGAAAGGGUGUUGACCGGGGGGGCGGGGGGUCAGGUAGACUUUCCAUAGGACUGACGCGAAGCGGAGCUAACGACUAAGACCAGAUCCCUCCUUAAACAACGGCGAUUUUUAGCAGCGAUU